AUGGUGCGCCACAACAAUGUCAUCCCGAACCAGCACUUCAAGAAGAAGUGGCAGUUCAUGGUCCGGACCUGGUUCAACCAGCCGGCCAGGAAGGUCCGGCGCAGGGCUGCUCGGGCGGAGAAGGCGGCCAAAAUCGCCCCUCGCCCAACGGGCGGGUGCCUGAAGCCGGUUGUGCGUGGCCAGACCGUCAAGUACAACCUGAAGCAGCGCCUGGGCCGCGGUUUCACGCUGGACGAGCUCAAGGAGGCCGGCCUGAGCCCCAAGGUCGCGCAGACGGUCGGCAUCUCGGUGGACCACAGGCGUAGGAACCGCUCCGUGGAGGGCAUGCAGGCCAACGUCGAGCGCCUGAAGGAGUACAAGGCCAAGCUUGUUGUCUUCCCGAAGAACGCCAAGAAGCCCAAGGCGGGCGACUCGUCCGCGGCGGACUGCGCCGCGGCGACGCAGCUCACGGGCACGGUGCUGCCGCUGGCGAAGAAGGAGAAGAAGGUCGAGUUUGCGGCGAUUACCGCGGACAUGAAGGCCAAGCGGGCGUACGCCACGCUCCGCCUCGCCCAGAUGAACCAGCGGCGCGACGGGCAGCGCAAGAAGGCGGCGGAGGAGGCGGCGGCGGCCGAGAAGGCCAAGUAG